CGCCGCCGCCGCGAAGUUAAAUGGGGCUGGGACGGGGGCCGCCCCGCCUCUCCCGCCCCUCCGGGCGCGCGGAGCGCAGCGCUGGCCGGGACCCAGAGGCGGAGGGCGCGCGCCGCCACCUGCACCGCCCGGCAAGUGCACAGCGCGCCCGGCGCCCGCCCCGCGCCCUCGGCCCGAGCAGGGGGCCCCGGGGUGCGGGAGAGCGGGGGCAGGGCCGGCCCGGGCCGCUCGGAGCGCGCGGGGCCGCGGCGACGGCGAGACUCGGCUGGAACGCUCCUCCGCCCGCUUCCUGGAAGCCACUCCUCGCGCUGGGCCGGCCGCCAGGCGCGGUGCCAAGAGCCGGGAUUGCCGCCGCCGCCACCGCCGCCGCCGGCGGGCGCGCUGGGGAGGGCGUCCGGGCGCCCCGCCUCGGCCGGAGCCGCGAGCAUGGAUGCUGUCGCCCCCCAACCCGACCUCCCCGAGCCUCUACCCUCCCGGCCCGCCCCGGGCGCCGACGCUGCGAAGGCAGGCCCGGCGGCCCCACGGAGGUUUGCCUGGAGCCCCUGGCUCGUGCCUGCGAGCCUCGGGCGCUCCUGGCCAGGCGUGACCGAAGUCGGAGACCGAGGGCCCGCGGGACUCCAGUGGGCUCGCUCGGCGCCCGGACGUUUGGCUGCCAGGGACCACGAGCGACGGAGGAGGGGCACCCCUUAGCCGGGUACCUGGUGCCGCUUCAUAUGAGCCAGGCCUGGGGAACAAACAGCGAGCUCCGCAGCUGUCCAAACCAUGGGGUGCCCAGGCCUGGGACUCGGGGUGGCGUGGCGGUGUCAGGGACCGGGCAGUGGGGUGAAUUUCCUUGUGGACCUGUGGAGAUGAGGAGAAGUAAGGCGAGAUGUUGUCCCUGGCUUGGGCCCAGUCUCAGCGGUUUGAAGCCAAGGGCCGGAGGAUUGCGCGGAAGUCUGCUUUUCGCCCCCACCGAAGUACCGCCACAGCCAUCGUCUCCUUGAGUGCCCAGUGGGCGCCAGCCCUGUGCCGAUCUCUUUACGCGCAGCUCAUCUUCACCAGGGCCCGGUGGCGCCAUUAGUAGCAUUGUUCCCAUUUCACCGAUAAGGAAGCGAGGCUCAGGGGAUAAAUGACUUUCGCGUCGCGAGGUGCAAGGCCAGGACCGGAGGCCGUGUUUCUUCUCUAGAGCCUCGGUUGCUCGUCCCUGGAUUGCUCGCCCGUGGGCUCCGCGGUUGGUACCUUCCGUGUGGCGUUGGAGCUUCCCCACGAGGCGCUGGCCCUGCCUGCCUUCCUUGCCUGUCUUCCCAUCCUUACUCUGGUGACUUCCUGCACCGGGAGGAAGAUCUCCAAAACCGCCUCUCCGCUCCAUGUAAAAUGGCCGGAGUCUUGCGGGAGGUGAGCAGAGGACGUUCAGUUUGAGGGAGGCAGGAGGCGGGAGGAGACGAGUCAGCAAGGGGCAGGGAUGGCGGGGCUAAACCAGAAAGAAUGCACCUGUGUACGCGGGUCUCCUUAUUCGCCUUAGUUACAUCCUUCCCAAGUCAGCGGAACGAUGAAUGUGGGAAUACAUUGCUCUUCCAGGAAGGACGGGGUCAGGCUCCUGCCAGCCUCUAGUCCCAUUUUUGCCACCCAUCAAUAACAUUUUAUGUGUGUUUCUCUUUAAAAACAUCUUAUUUAACAUCUAUUGUUGAUUUACUGGUGUUGAACCCACAGCCACCGCACUAUGUCUUAUGCCUGGGUGAAGUUCUCAAACACAGGCGUCUUACCUAACACAGGAGUUUUCUCCACCUGGCGCGUCACAGCUGCCUUCUGCUCAGGAACCUAGACAGCACUUCACUGCUGUUCUAGGGGGCCAUCUUAAACAGCGAAAUCACAAACACGGACAGAAAUGUGAAAAGUGGCACUAAAGAGACCCUAAGAGGACACUGGUUUACAGCAUGAAGUCUGAAACAAGAAGGCAGAGUGUUGCCUUGUUUGACCUUGGCUGGGACUUCAUAUCAGGUGACUAAAACUUUUCACCCCUCUUCGAAUCACCACCACUGAAGGGUUGCAAGUAUUGAUUUGGGGGUUGCAAAUAAAUGUUAGCAAGCAGAUGAAUUCACAAAUACGGAAUCUGCAAAUAAUGGUGAUGGACUGCAUGUGGUUCUCAUAUCAGGGUAUCAGGAGAGGAAUAAUGAUGUUAACGUUUCAGAACACUUACGAUGCCCCAGAUGCUGUUCCAAGGCACUCGAUUGUCUUAACUCAGUCAUCACACCAGCCUCCAGGGUAGGUAUUAUUUUUAUUCCAUUUUGCAAAGGAGACUGACGUGGAAAGGCUUGACCCCCACAUGUGCUUAGCAGCUAGACGGUGCCACUUCUCUCAUCCUUAGGUUCUAAAACAAGCCCUGAUGUGUCAUGGAGUCUAUUGCAAAAAUCACAUGAAUAUUCAAGAUGAAAUGGAGAAUUCAAAGAGACAUUCUGCUUGUGCAGUGGCAGCUGUGUUGAGCUGAGCUCCGGUGCCUGAAACCCGGGAAGGCCCUGAGGCGGCCCCGGGGGUGGGGGGUUUCUUGGGAACAUCUGAGCUGCUCUGCUCUAAGGUUUUAAUGGCUCAGCAGGACUUCCUGUUGCGUUUUCCCUUGGGCACUUUUGACUCCUGAGCCAGCCUCCAGGGACACCCCACAUCAAGUAUGGAGGGUGAGCUUUCCUCUCCUACAGAUUCCAUUUAGUACCAGGCCAGCCUCUCAAGGAAUAGGUGAUCAGGAGUGAAAAGCAGAAAGCAUCACCAAUACUCCGAUAAUAGCUCUGCCUUCCUUUCACCCUAGAAGAUCAAGCAAUCCUACGUGUGUGGCUAAGGCACCGUGACCAAGGAUGACAAAGACUCCACUUGGAGAGGGCUGGCUGGACCUCAGGGAUCCUGUCUGCAGAUUCACCACCUAACUACCCCGGUGGAACUGUCCUUCAUCCCUCAGCCCAAGUGCAGACACAGAGCCUUGCCUCAGUGGCCCACCCACUGCUCCCCUCCCACGCUUCACCCUUUGCCCUGAGGCCUGGCCAAAGUGUUUAAACAUUCUGACAUCGCCAAAGGCGUGGAGGUGGGGGAAGAUUGGGGAGUGGGAAGAAUAGAAGAGAAGGAACCCCAAAAAGUCCAGUCUGGCUAAUUGGGCUACUGGGUGCAGCUACCCACACAGGCUGUCUCUAGGGGGUUCAGGCCCCUCCCUGCCUAGCUCCUGGAUUACUCCUUCCAUGAGAAUCCUGGGCAGAAGGGUGGUGCCUCUCAACUCCGAGAGGGCUAACAAACCAGUUGUUUCUCCCCUAAGAUCCAUCUUCUUGAGUUCCCAGUUUCCAUUGUCUCAGGAUCUGCUUCUUCCCUGGGUGAGUUUCAGAGAUUUCUACGCCUCAUUCCAGCACUGCCUGCUGACCCCAACCAGACAAGCACAACGAGGCACCAUGUGUAUGAGAGAGAGACAGAACGGACCAGGGAAGUGACUAACGGUGGUGCUGGUGUUGGGGUGCAGGUGUAUGUUACCCUAAGAGAGAGGGGACAUCACUUCAGGGCAUCGGCCUGAAUUUUUUCUUGAUGCGGACUUGCUCUUUCUGGUUGCAGACUCAUGAGGUGGACUUGGGGAGCACACCAAGAAGAAUGUGCUGGAGGCUGGGAGAAAGGAGGACUCGGAGGCCAGGCCUGGGGAAGUUACAGGUGACUGACCGUAGCACGGAGGACACACUCUCAGCCAAGGCCACCGGGAGCUGACAGGCAGGGACAUUGGGGGAGCAUGGUGUCUCAGGGGUGUGGGAUUCUGAGGGCAUGCUCUCCCAGGAAAAACCUGUAAGGAAGUAAGGGAAGCAGGCUAGGGUAGGGGCAAGAGCAGAGCAAGCCUGUGCCCCAGGUCAGGUCUAGCCUUCGCCUGAUCCUCUGAGACCCUGGAGCAAAGGCUACACCACAGAGUUGCCCUGUCUUGAGACAAGGGGACCAGGUUGCUGUACCCACUGCCAGUCAGUCAUAGCCACUCCUGGAGCUGGGUGAUGGUGUAAGCUCCAAGGUGGCUCCCAUAAGCCAAAGACAGGAGAAGGUCUCACCCUUGGCGGGCACACUUGUGUAAGCUGAAGGGUGCAUGUACCUGCCAAUAACAAGAGUCUGGACAGGGCUCCCAUGCCAACAGCAUCCACUCUCUGUCUUCUCGGAUGUCCCCAACCCCACACAGGAAGCUUGCUCAGCUGCUGGUGGUGGACGUUUGCCUGUCCAGAGUGAGGUCCUCCUUUGGAACAGAAAUUUGCUUUAUAGAAUGUGUCCAGGUCUUCAUCUGGUGGCUCUUCUGCCUCGUAAGUGAAUAAAGCCCUUGGGAAGAGGUAUGACAGGAGGUGUCCUACUUGGUGAGGGCUCUCUGUGCUUUGGUGCACUCUCCUUCUUGGUUCUCCUCUCCUCCUGUGCUGAGAUUCCCAAGGAGCAUCUCGGGGUGCCAGAUCCGUGAUUUCAUGACUUUGUGGAGGUGCCAGAGCCAUGAUUUCAGGUCAGGACUUGGGGAUUAGGACCGCUACUGCACUGGAGGACUGAGCCAAUCAAAAUGUCUGUCAGGAGGCUGGGGGUGGUGUUGCACUGACUCUUUCUAGAAAGCUCCAAAUCUUUGGGGGUGAAGUGGAGGAGGGCUAGAGUCCCCUAAAGUGCUACUAAGAAACCGAGUUGGGAUUUGGUGACCUUUUCCAGGGCCAGCAAACUCUCCAGGUCCAAACCUGAGCCUGGUUGCCAUCUGGCCUCCAGGGCUGGGAAGGUGGCUGACCUGACUCAGUUUUGUGUGCGUCUCAUAUCCUGAUAAUCCUGCACAUAUCACAUGCAUGUGUCCUGACAGACUCCACUGUGGAGCAUAAGCAUAACAUAGAUACCCUGGAGAAGGGAUUUGCCAGUGCCUUUGAACUCAUCUCACUCUGCCCUUGACAAGACCCUUGUCUUCUGCUCAGAGGCAGAAGAUGAGUGUAGAGAACACUGGAGCUAUAGUCAGAAAACUCACUACCGGUCCAGCCUUGGCCACAAACUGGGGGAUUCUGGGUAAGUCACUUCGCUUCUCUGAGCAUUAACUUUCUCCAUUAUAUUGUGAAAGUAUAAAAUUCCAAGAGGUUCUUUCAAUGUACCUUCUGAGAUUGUUAUGCUUUGCUUGUAUAAUAUAGCAAUGCCUCCCUAAUCUAGAACUCACCUCUAGCCAGUCUCUCUUAGUCUCACCACAACCAGAACAGCAAAGGCCUCUGAGCAUCCAACUGACAUCACACAUUUAACCAUACUGCAUAUAAGCAAACACUUAGGUCUCACUCAGGACUACUGAUUCUUACUUUGCACCUCGUUCUAACGUGUCGGUUCAUCUAGUUUUCAAGAGUAAAUUAGAGGCUGUAAAUUAGAAAGGGACAGAAUGCCUGCUAAGAAAAGGCACGCCAGCAGCAUAAGGUGCUACACAAAAACUGUAAAAGGCACAAUAGAAGUAAAAAGCACUGUAGUCAGCUACAGUUGUGCUCACCUCUGUGGAGCCUGACAGGAUCACCGUGUCCUUGCACAGUACUGUGUUUGUGUUCAAGAAUCCGGGUUGUCUACAAACACCUUUGCUCAUUAGAUUCUGUUCAUGGAUUUAUGGAAGUACGUGCUACAUUUUAGAAAAAUACUCACAAAAGGGCUAAAUUUAAGAAAAAGAAAACAAAACCAAGCCCUAUAUGUUUCUUUAACUAGUCCCCCUUAGCUUUCUGCAAAAUUCACCUCUAGAACAUCAUCUCUGACAACUCCAGGAGACCAAGGUUUUAUUCCAGAAUGGACUGACUCGAACGAAAAGAACAGGGUGCAAAGUAAGAAACUGUAUUACUCUAAACACUGUACACUUUAUUGUUUAAAAGCGUGAUGUCAGUUUUCUUACAGACUGUCAAGACCAGUUGUGCACAAAAGCGUGUGCUCCAGGCCUGCACUGCGUGUCACUCGCCCUACACCACAAACGGAGACCCACCUGUUUAGUCUGCUCCCCGACGUGCUCCUGAAUGUCAGCUCUGCAAUAUUUGGAUUGGAAACACCACAAAGGGAUACUUGGAAAAUGUCUUUUUUCAAAUAGAAGUUCAAUAAAAACAUUUCUAUGUAUUAAGUUUUGCAAAACCCACUUAACUUUGGGAGGGUUUCGAUAGCCAGUUAUGCCUUCACCAAGACUUAGGCAAAAACAUCCUGUGGAGGAGCGUGAGGAACCAAGUUCUUCAGAGCUCACCAUCCACAUCGGGUCAGCUAUAGGCCCAAAGAACAGUUCAGUUCAAGGCGGUGAAAUGCAAUACAUAUUAGCUGACAGUCUACCUGGUAUCAGUCACGAGCUAGGUCCUACGAACACAAGGGCAUGAUAAGAUAUAGCCCUUCCUGGAGGAGCAAACGAGAUACAGUGGGAUAGAUGCUCCCAGAGGUGGAAAAACAGGGAGCUAAAAAAGCAUUGGGUGGACCUACAACUAAAAAUAUACAACUAUGUACUGGGGGGUUUAGGGGAGAAAAAACCAGGGGGCAAGGGGAAGAAGAUUGGCAAGAGUUGUUAGCUCAGGUGCCAUAAUCUUUAAAAAAGAAAAAGCAUUGGGUCGUAUGGCAACUAAUUCAGUCAUGGGGGCGUUGGAGAUUUCUUGGGAGAAGUGAUAUUUCAGUUGAGAACUAAAGUCUAAGUACAAGCACAGGAUCUUAAUGGAAAAAAAAUCUACUCUCCUUCUAUGGCUUUUCCUCCAAUAAAAAGCAAUCUACCAUCCCAAAUGAGCAUUCUAAAAUAAUAUAAAUGGCUGGCAGGGAGCUCUAGGAAAGAAUGAAUAAAUUUAUCACAUAUUCUAGAACAAAUCCUAUCUGGUCGCUUCCAUCAUUUUCACACGUGUGUGUGUGUGCGUGCACCUUCAGCCCAAUAAGGAAUUGAGGGAACAUUGUAGGGUAUCUGUGGUUGACAGAUUCUAAGAGGGCCCCCAAUGAUCCCUGUCUCCUGGUAUUCACACCUUUAUAUAAUCCCCUCCCCUUGGGUGUAGACAGGACCUGUGACUUAUUUCUAGCAAUUGAAUAUGGCAAAGGUGUUGGAACAUCACUUCUUUGACUAUGUUAUUAUUUAACAUUGUAAUUUCCCUCUUGCCAGGAGACUCUCUCCCUUGCUAGACUUGAUGAAGUAAGCCUCCAUGAUAGAGACACAUAUGUGGCGAGGAGCUGAGGAACUCUAGCUGACAGCCAGCAAAGAACUGAAUUCUGCCGACAACCACAUGAGCUUAAAAGUGCCAUCCUUCCCCAGUCAAGCCUCAGAUGAGACCUCAGCCCCAGCUGACACUUUAACUGCAGUCUUGUGAAAGACCCUGAAACAGAGGAGCCAAGUGAAUCGUGCCUGGAUUUCUGAACUACAGAAACCGUGAGAUGCAAAACCAAGAAGCAAUCAUCAUAAGCCACUUUUGACUUCUGUCUUUGUCUUCCCCAUUCGCUCGGAUGGUUCAGUGGCUCUCGCUUGAAGGAUGUUUCCUCAGCUCUGUUCUUUGGCUCUUCCAUUGUGAACUUCAUCCUGGAAGAUACACACAGAAGCCCCUGAAUCCUGCAAAGCAAGUUGGACAUUCGAUCCUCGCCUGGGUCUCUGGUUUACCAUCAAAGCAAGAGUGGGACUUCCACGGCAUUUCCCAUGAAAUUGCUAAAUGCUGUUCCAUUAAAUAUGUCCCAGAGCAGUGCAUUUUUAUUGUUGUUUUUGAAAACCAAGAAAGAAACCAAAAGACUUCAUGAAACAAAUAUCCCCAAAUUCGUGUAUGGGGUCAGGAAAAUUGAGAACAAAAUGUCCAGUGUUCUACAAAGCGUAAAUAAGGAAAAUGGGAAGCAAAUUUUUAAAAACUGAGAUUGACAUGAAAUUUCAGGUCAGACAGAGACUUCUGAUCCAAGAAAUGUCCUCCUUGGACACUGCCAGGAAGGUAAGGAGACCACUUUGAAAAUAAAUAGUGUGACAAGUAUGAAAGAAAACGAAGUAACUGAUGCUGGUUGGCAAUAUUGAUUUCCCCAUCUGCCUUCAAAGAUGGAGCGAUCCGUUACUUGCUCAGUCAGUUAUGAGGCAUCCCUUGGGUUUGGUGGGAAUCAGGAAUUCCUAUUAAAAAGUUCCAUGGAGUGACCUAGGAAUAAAGGACCCAGGAGACAGGAAAAGAGGAAUAGCCAGGUAGCUGAGGACAGUUUGUAGAAUUUGAGAGGUCAGGAGAAGAUGAGAGGAAAAGUUGGUGUGGUGAUUGGGAUUUCGGGGAGGGGGAGAAACCGUUUUAAGAGGACGUGAUGCAGGUUGUAGAACAAACUUCUGGAUGUGAAACCAUGCUGAGGGAGAGCUUUAAGGCAGGAGCACACAGUCCAGUUUUCUUUCCAACAGGUCGUUGGAAGCAGAUUGGUGUAAAUCCACCAGGAGCCAGGCUGAGGAUGCUCCCUGCUGGCCUUCUCCCUGGUACCUCGUGGGAGAUUCUGCAUCACCUGGUUCUUCACCGUGUCUGGCCUGUGACAUCACAGGGACGGUCCCUCUGUGAGGGGAUCUCCCCUGUGUGGUACCCUCCUGGCUGCCUCUUGCCAGCCUCCUCUUUAGCUCCCUCCUGGUUAUGUAAACCAGAAACCAUGGUUUUUAAAAUACUGAGUUUACAGUAAACAAGAUGUGUCAUCUUCCUGGCGAAGGUUUUGGGGAGCACUAACCGCUCCAUCUUUGAAAUCUCACAAGUCAAAAGGGCCUUUGGAAAAUUGUCAUUUUCGGAGUUGCAGAUGCAUUGGGAGAGCCAAGAGGCAGUGACAGCAGAUAGCGAGGCAGCCGUUGUCCUCUUGUUGUGGCCUCUCAGCUAUUAUCAUUCCUGUGGCUUCACACUGACAGUUAUAAAUAUAUACAUAUAGAUUGAAUAAAUAUAGGUAGACCAAAAUAGGAUAAAAUGGUAGGGUAAUAAAUAAUAAACAUCAGCUAGCUUAAAGCCUGAAAUAAAAAAUCUGGUAAGUGUUGGUGUUCAAGGUGAACCAAAGAACAACACCCCUUUCUCUGUCUACAUCUUGAACCAACAGAGCAAUAAGAUGGAAGAGUAAAGCCUAGAAAGACCACAUCAUCACCUUGAUUCCUGAGCUGUGUGCUCUCUGCAGAUGAGCAGCUCCCAAGAAGGUGGGGGUAGGGACACUUAGCUGCAUUUGCCCAGUUCCUCUUUCUAAACUCACCAGUCAGAUUAAGUUCCCCUCUGGACUAGGCUCAUGGGCUGGAGGGCAUAGAGAGGGCAAGUCAGUCAUACUAGUAGCGCUGCUUCCACAUGGAGGAGAUAUCGCAAGUGGAGAAGAUGUAUCCACCACCAACAGCCCCACACAUACCCCAGCAUUCCUUGGCUUUUUCUCCUGUUACUCUCUUGGGCUUUGUCAUUAAGCUUUCUGGUCAAUUAGAGAAAGUCAUUUCCCACCUUCAUGAGGCCACUUCUGCAGCACCAACUACUAAUUUUUUGGGUAUCCUCAUUGACGGGGUGGAUUUUGCCCAUGGAAGGCUCUAAAAUGAGCUGAAACGGUAAAAUAAUUAAAGUAACUCAGGGCCACUGCAUUAGUUUCCUACGGCUGCCGUGACAAAUUACCACAACUGGGCGGCUUAAAGCAGCAAAUUUUUUCUCUCAGUGUUCUGGAGGCCAGAAGUCUGAAGUCAAGGUGUCAGCGAGUCCACGCUCCAUCUGAAGGCUCCAGGGGAGAAUCCUUCCUCGCCUCUUCCAGCUUCUGGAGGCUCCAAGUCUUCCUUGGCUUCUGGCAGCACCACUCCAGUCUCUCUCUGCCUCCAUCUUCACAUGCUCCUCACAUGACCUUCUCCCUGGGUCUGUCUGUGUGGCAGGUCUCCCUCUCCUUUCUCUUAUAAGGACACCAGUCAUUGGGUUUAGGGCUCACCCUAAAUUCAGGAUGAUAUCAUCUUAAGAUCCUCAACUUGAUUACAUCGGCUAAGACUCUAUUUCCAAAUAGGGUCCCAUUCUCAGGCACUGCGGGUAAGGCUUGGACGUAUCUUUCCAGGGGCCAUUAUUCAAUCCACUACAACCACCAAGACCUCACGUUUACUCUGUCUUGCGUGUCCCACCUGAAAUUACGUCCAACCAUAUUGUCUGACAUAGCUUAUCAGAGAUUCUACAACUGAGACCACACAACAUUUAGAGAAGCCAAUAAUAAUAUGAUAAUAUAAACAUGCCCCAAAUCUGGGUGUAAAAUUUCUUCCAUUGCCAAAUUCCCAAGAGGAAAUGAACAUAUUGUGCUCGGGCCCUGACUCCAAGCACAGUAGCAGCUUCUUCAUCAACGAUGUGGCUGCCCUGAGCCAAAGGUCUGUCUCAGUGAGAUCUCAAAUCUUCAACACUAGACCCUUGUCUUCGUACUAACCAAGAAUGUGAAGAUACUCCACCACUGCUAGUGAUUCACCCCAGGUCCAUCAGUGGCUCCAAAAUGUUAUCAAGUCAUCCUUGCAAGAGCUGUGUUGCUCCCCUGAAUACAUAUUCAGCAUCAGUGACAAUAGUUAUGGCCAAUUCCCCUUUCCUUCUAAUAACGCAGAUGCAAGGUGGUCAGCUUGGCCUCAUGGGCUGAUUACCAGUGUCUGAGAUUGCUAUCUACUCCCGACCAUGUUUUACCUGCCCCAUUUCCUGAAAACCUAAUGUUCUCAUCAAAUUUUGAACUUCUCUCAGUAUAUCGUGCUGUUAAUCUCUUUCAAUCUAACUGAGUUUCCCCAACCAACAGGUGAGUCACAAGCUGUUGUUUGCCUAUGACACAGACAUUUAUGUGAUAUAUCUAUAAUAUUCUCCUGCUUAUAAGAUCUUGUGGCUCUUUCAAAGAAAUCUAUGGAGGAUCCGAGGAAAAGAGUUCAUCAGACAAAGUGGUUGCCACUGACCUUCCCUUGUAAAACUCACCCCCUGGAGUGGUUGGAGGGAUUUGUGGCAUGAGCAGAUCUGAGUAUUCUGCUCCUUAAAGCAAGUACCAAUUUCUAAGUGCCCACCCAUCCACAUCAAAAAGGACUUUUUAUACCACCCAUCAUUAACCUGUAGACAUAGAAAUAACAAGAGGCAGAUGCCCCAGGUCUUCGGUCUCUCCAGUAUGUUUUGAUUAGGCCAAUAGUGGAAUACUAAGAUUUUAUUGGGAGGUCAAAAGUAUAGCCAACAUUUGGUGAGGCCAAAGCUGGUGUUUCAUCUUAUGCAGUGUGGCACAAAUUCACAAUAGAUUCCUUACCAGCCCUGAUCCACUUACCUUGGACCCAUCAUAAUCUACCAUCUUCCCUCCAGGAGAGAACUGAAUCCUAUAUAGGACACUGUAAACUAAUCCAGUAGUGCCUUUUCCCCCAUUUCCUUUCAACUCUAC